AUAUAUAUUUUUCCCUUUCCUUUUCUCUCUCUCUUUUCUUCUCUUUCUCUGUGUUUGAUGCUAUCAAGGGUUCUUUGAAUUUUCUUCCAUCAAAUAAAUUCUUGGUUAUCGUUUGAUCUUGUUCAUCCGUCUUCAUCACAGAUUAAAUUUGAUUCCCCAGUUAUGGUGUAAGGUUAACACUGUUGAAGCAGCUAUUUAUAAACCCUAAUUUUUUUUUCUUGUUGAAUUUAGCUAUUUGAUCUUAAAACCUUCGACCCAGUUCUUGUUUUUGUGUGUUGGAUUUAGCUUGAAACGCUGGCGAACCCUUGGUGGGCUAAUCAGGUGAGCCUACCGGGUAUGGACCCGGCAGGCAAUUCACCAGCUUUAAACAAAAGUGACCUUGAAAUCUCUAUGAACGAUGCUAGCAAAAGUAGAACCAACGGAAGAGGGGAUGAUGAUGAUGAAGAUAGAGACACCGGCGAUGAGCCUAAAGAAGGAGCGGUCGAGGUCGGUAACCGAAGACCCCGAGGUCGUCCACCGGGAUCCAAAAACAAGCCUAAACCACCCAUUUUUGUGACAAGGGAUAGCCCUAACGCGCUCCGUAGUCAUGUUAUGGAAGUCGCAAGUGGAACCGAUGUAGCCGAGAGUAUAGCCCAAUUCGCUCGGAGAAGACAACGUGGAGUUUGCGUGCUUAGCGGCAGCGGCUCGGUCGCCAACGUUACCCUAAGACAACCGGCAGCACCCGGCGCGGUGGUCGCCCUUCAUGGAAGGUUUGAAAUUUUGUCUUUGACCGGGGCUUUUCUCCCCGGACCGGCUCCACCGGGAUCGACAGGGCUCACCGUGUACUUAGCUGGUGGUCAAGGACAAGUUGUUGGAGGAAGUGUUGUCGGUUCACUUAUAGCAGCAGGGCCUGUUAUGGUCAUUGCAGCAACUUUUUCCAACGCAACUUAUGAAAGACUGCCUUUAGAAGAUGAAGAAGAAGUUGUAAGCGCCGGUCACGGUGGACCGAUGCAAGGCGGAGCAAACGAUUCACCGCCGGCAAUUGGGAGUAGCGGAGGCGGCGGUUCACACACAGGUCUGCCUGAUCCAUCUUCACUUCCAAUAUACAAUUUGCCUCCAAAUUUACUCUCAAAUGGAGGGCAACUAGGGCAUGAACCCUAUGGUUGGACACAUGGGAGACCACCUUAUUAAUAAAAUGGAGAGACUAUCUUUCAUAUAUAAUUAGAGAGUGCGACAACUUAAUUAAGGUCUUACAAAAAAUGUUUGUGUAAUCUGUAUUGAAAAACUAGAGAGAUUGGGAGAAAAUUUAGCAAAAUAAAAAUAAAAAUAGACAAGUGAAACAAGAUAAACAAUCUUGGGGGAUUUUAAUGUAUAUUAAACUCUCUUUCCUUUGCUUUUUUUUUUUUUUUUAAUGUUUGCAAUAAUAAAAGAUUAUUUUAGAGGCUA